AUGGAUAUGCAAGCUCACCUGACCAAAAACGUAGGUGAACCAGUAUUGCAAGUGGAGUAUGCACGUGUAAUUAGAAGUCUGAUGUACUUGACCAAUUGCACAAGACCUGAUCUAGCGCAUGCGGUAAACGUGUUAAGUCACUACACAAAUAAUCCAGGUCAUACUCAUUGGAAAUCCAUAACUAGAAUAUUGAAUUACCUCCGAUACACUAAGAGUUAUGGGCUACACUUUGGUAAAGAACCAGCAGUGUUAGAAGGGUACAGUGAUGCCAAAUGGAUUUUAGAUUCUUCAAACUCCAAAUCCACAAGUGGAUUUGUCUUUACACUCGCUGGAGCAGCAAUAUUCUGGAAAUUUUCCAAACAAAAACUCUUGGCCAUAUCAACCAUGGAGUCAGAGUUCAAAGCUUUAGACAAAGCACCAGAAGAAGUAGAGUGGCUUUGGAACUUCCUGGAAGAUAUCCCGAUGUGGGAAAAACCAGUGCCAGCAUUAUGUGUAUGCUGUGAUAGUCAGUCAGCUAUCUCUCGGGCACUUAAUAAUCUACACAAUGGCAAGAAGCAUUUUGGGCGCUGUGGGAUAAUCAAGUGUUUUGUAUGUGGAAGAGGUGGACAUCUCACUAAGGAUUGUCGAGCCCAAGAAAAGAACAAUCAGUGUUACAAGUGUGGACAGCGUGGAUAUUUUACCAAGGAGUGCAAGGGUCCUGUGGCUAACCAACAAGCUCUCACAGUUCAUCAUGGACCACUGCCAGGACCGCCAGCUAAGAGGCAAAAUGCUGGGCCGUUUGUGUAUGCGCUCACGAAGAAUGAAGGAGCAGCACCGAUCGCUGGAUCGGUCUCCGUAUGGAAAGUGAUGGCUUACACUUUGCUUGACACUGGUGUCAUUCAUAGUUUUGUGAAGUCUAUCGAUGUGCACGAAGAUGUGCCAGUCCUGUUAGAAGUAGUAGAGCUUCCAUGCAAUUUGGUGGAGAUGAAGCUGGAUCAAUAUGAUGUGAUUUUUGGAAUAGACUGGUUGAAGCACUAUCAGGUCAUUAUGGACUGUGAAAAGACACGAACCUACAUACCACAACCAGAAAGAAGAUUGAUCUUUCAAGGAAUAAAGACGGAUACCAGUGUACCGAUAAAUUCGAUGAUUCACGCCACAGACUUAGUGAAGAAAAGAUGUGAGGCAUAUCUGGCAACGAUUUCCAUGACUGGAGAAGGAGAAAUGGAAAAGUUAGAGGAUAUACCAGUGGACAACAGGUACGCGGACGUAUUCGAACCGUUGAUUGGACCGCCACCAUCUCGAGGAUAUGAUUUCACCAUCGAGAUAGAACCCGAGAUGACCCAUGUUUUGAAAGCUGCAUAUCGACUAAAACCAGCAGAAAUGGCUAAAUUAAAGAAGCAGUUGGAGGACCUUAUGGACAAGGGUUUCAUCCGACCAAGUAGUUUGCCAUGGAGAGCACCAGUGUUGUUUGUGAUGAAGAAUGAUGGGAGUUUUCGCUUUUGUAUCAAUUAUCGAAGGCUGAAUAAGGUGACCAUUAAGAAUAGAUAUUUGUUGCCACAGAUCAAUGAGUUGUUGGACCAACUGCAAGGAGCUUUGUGGUUUUCUAAGAUUGAUUUAUUAACAGGGUACCAUCAGAUUCGGAUAGCUGAGGAGGACAUCAAGAAGACGGCAUUCCGAACCCAUUAUGAAUAUUACGAGUUUGUUGUGAUGCCGUUUGGAUUAAAAAAUGCGCCAGCUGCAUUUAUGAAUUUGAUGAACAAUCUUUUCCGAGCAUACUUGGACAAAUGUGUGAUUGUUUUCAUUGAUGAUAUUUUGGUCUACUCAAGGACAAAGAGGGAGCAUGCUUGGCAUCUGCAGUUAGUGCUUGAGGGGCUGAGGAAUCACCAGCUUUUCGCUAAGUUGAGCAAAUGUAGUUUUUGGCAGCCGAAGAUUGAAUUUCUCAGUCAAGUUAUCUCAGAAGAAGAAGUAGCAGUGGAUCCGAAAAAGAUUAUUGCUGUAACGGAGUGGCCUGUUCCUAAAUAUGUCACAGAGGAAGAGAAUUUUGAGUGGACCGAGGAUCGGAAUAGGAGUUUUGAAGAGUUGAAGAAGCGUCUAACCAAAACUCCAUUGUUAGUACUUCCAAAGCCAGGAAUACCAUAUGAGGUCUACACUGAUGCCUGCGGAGUAUGUAUAGGUGGUGUGCUUAUGCAGGAAGAGAAAAUCAUAGCAUAUGCCUCGAGACAGUUGCGGAAGCACGAACUGAACUAUACCACUCAUGAUUUGGAGUUAACAGCGGUUGUGUUCGCUUUGAAGAUCUGGUGUGCUUAUUUGUACGGGAAGAAGGUGAAAAUAUACAUGGAUCACCAGAGUUUGAAGCAUGUAUUCACCCAAAGCGAUUUGAAUUUGAGGCAGCAAAGAUGGAUGGAGUUGUUAGCAGAUUAUGAUUUGGAUAUUGCCUACCGCCCAGGGAAAGUUAAUCAAGUAGCAGAUGUUUAA